GCUGAUGUCAACGCUGAGGACAGCAGUGGGAUGACACCCCUGCACAUGGCUGCAGGGACCCUCCUUAAGGAUAUUACAGUCAGCUUGAUCAAACUGGGAGCAGAUAUCAACAAGCACAAACCAAAUGUGAAGAAUCACAUGCUGCUGAUCAAACUCCUCAGCCUGACCUCCCCGCUCACGCUCUACAACCAGAACGGCUGCUUACCUUCAACCUUGACUCAACCAUGUUUCUUUAAACAACGGGACCAACUUUUAAAACUAAUGCGACAGCCGAGAACACUGCAGCACAUUUGCAAGAGUAACAUUUACCUGAAAUACGUCGGUGAAAGGAAAGAGGACUUAAGCAAAGUCUUGCCUGUAAGUCUCUUUGAGUUUGUCUUCAAUCGCUGGGAGGUUGAGGACAUCUCUUUUGUGCAUGACAGUCAGUGUGAAGCUACACCUCAAGCUUAGGCUGAAAUAAUAAAAUGAAUGUUACCUUCA